AAUCUCCAUCUGCUGGAUUGGAUGACCUCAUGACUGUGACAGGUGUGAUGUCAUCAUGAGUGAGAUUCAUGAGAGUAAACACACUCACACACACUCACACACACUCCGGCGCUGCAGCUCCACGCGUGCAGUCUGGACAGUGACCAAGCUGCAGGCGUCACGUCCAACAACCUGGACUUUAUCUUUUCUCGUUUAAAUGUAUGAGUUUUAUUUUCUUUCUGCGCCACUUGUAAUCCGGAUUACAUGAUGUCGAUGUGAACCUGCUCCGGUCCGACUCCAGUCCGAGGAGACCAACAACAACCAACGGACCCACCGUGAUCCACAGCCCCGGAUCACACUCUGUUUGUCUUGUUAUUUUUCAUCGUUGUUUCUCAAAUUGACUUUUCUCCGGAGCUGAGAGUUGGACAACAUGCCGAGGUGCGUGGCUCUGUUGGCCGCCCUCGCACUUCUCUCGUCCGGGUUCAGGAGCUCCGCGGCCGGCGGGGAGAUGCCGGGCUCCGUCGCCGUCAAGGGGAGCUCCGGGGACGGGGACCGAGGAGCGGGGCGCGCCGGCUGCCCUGGCCGCUGUCGGUGCGAGGUGGACGGGCUGCUGCACCGGGUGGACUGCUCGGACCUGGGGCUCCGGGACAUGCCGAGCAACCUGAGCGUGUUCACCUCCUACCUCGAUCUGAGUAUGAACAAUCUGACUGUGUUGUCCAGCGGAGGUUUGUCCAACCUGCACUUCCUGGAGGAGCUGCGCUUGGCGGGAAACGACCUGUCGUCCGUCCCCAGAGGAGCGUUCUCCGGCCUCUUCCACCUCAAAGUGCUGAUGCUUCAGAACAACCAGCUGACGUCUGUUCCUGCUGAGGCCUUCAACAACCUGCACAACCUGCAGUCACUCCGCCUCGACGCCAACCACAUCUCCGUCGUUCCCGUCGGCUGCUUCUCCGGCCUGCGCUCGCUGCGUCACCUGUGGCUGGACGACAACGCUCUGACCGAGGUGCCGACGGCGGCGCUCGGCGACCUGCCCGCCCUGCAGGCCAUGACCCUCGCCCUCAACCUCAUCGCACACGUCCCCGACCUCGCCUUCAGCCGGCUGGGCCGCCUGGUGGUGCUGCAUCUCAACAACAAUAGGAUCGUUUCCAUGGGAACGAACUGCUUCCACGGACUCCACAGUUUGGAGACGCUGGACUUGAACUACAACAGUCUGGUCCAGUUUCCGGCGGCCGUCCGCUCGCUCAGUCACCUCAAAGAGCUCGGUUUCCAUAGUAACAGCAUCCAGUCCAUCCCGGAGCACGCCUUCACGGGAAACCCGGCGCUGAUCACCAUAUUCUUCUACGACAACCCGAUCCAGUCUGUCGGACGCUCGGCCUUUCAGAACUUACCCGAGCUUCGCACACUGUCUCUUAACGGGGCAGAGGAUUUAACCGACUUUCCAGAUCUGACGGGAACCAAAAGUCUGGAGAGCCUGACCAUCACAGGAGCUCAGAUCACGUCUCUGCCCAGUUCAGUGUGUGAGCAGCUCCCGAACCUGCAGCUGCUCGAUCUCUCCUAUAACCACAUCCAGACUCUUCCCACGUUCUCCGGCUGCGAAAACAUCCAGAAGAUUGAUCUGCACCACAACGAGAUCGAGGAGCUGCAGGAGAACACCUUCCAUGGCCUGACGUCCCUGAGCUCGCUUGAUUUAUCAUGGAACAGAUUGUCGUCGGUGAAGCAGAACUCUUUCUCCGCUCUGCCGGCUCUGACCAAACUCGACCUGUCGUCCAAUCAGCUGUCCUCUCUGCCUCUGAUGGGUCUGCAGAGUUUGACUCACCUGCGAUUGGCCGGAAACGAUCAGCUGACGGAGCUGAUACCUGGAGAGGAGCUGCCUCGAGUCAGGGUGAUGGAGCUUCCUUACGCCUUCCAGUGUUGUGCCUUCACCUCCUGUGAGAGGAGAGGAGGAGGUUUGUCCUGGGACAAAGACGUGGCAGCAGAGUUCAGAGGGAAGGAGAACGCAGUCCUCUCCAGCCAAGCCGAUCAGGACUGGGAGGAUUUCCUCAUGGAGUCCGACGACGAACCCAAACCUCAACAUUCGGUUCACUGCAGCCCUGCACCAGGUCCGUUCCGUCCGUGCCUCCACCUGCUCGGUGGUUGGAUGGUCCGCGGGGGGGUGUGGCUCGUCGCCGCGCUCUCGCUGGUCAGCAACAGCCUCGUGGUGCUGUCCGUCUUCUUCUCCCCCGCCUCCUCGGUCACGCCCCCCAAGCUGCUGAUUGGCCUGCUGGCGCUGGUGAACGGCCUGAUGGGAGUGUGGAGCGGCUGGUUGGCGGCGGUGGACGCCUGGACGUUCGGCAGCUUCUGGAGGUACGGGGCAAAGUGGGAGAGCAGCUUCCUGUGUCGCCUCAGCGGCUUCCUGUACGUGUUUGCGUCGCAGACCGGCCUCUUCCUGCUCACCGCCGCCGCUCUGGAGCGAUGCCUCGCCGCCGCCGCUGCAGCACGCCACGACAAAACCGAUGAACACGACGCCCGCUCCUCCUCGUCGCCGCUCUCCGUCCGCCUGUCCGUCGUCCUGAGCUUCCUGUUGGGUUUGGCCGUCACGCUGCCCCCCCUGGUGGCCGGACACAGCAGCACCUCGCUCUGUCUGCCGCUGCCUUCCUCCUCCUCCUCCUCCUCCUCCUCGCUGGCCUUCUCCGUGUCCCUGGUCCUCCUCGACGCGCUGUGCUUCCUCCUCGUGACGCUCGCCUACACUCGCCUCUACUGCCACGCCCACAAGGCUCCGCCCGUCUCGGAGGAGGAGGCGGCGCUGACCCGACACGUCGCCUGGCUGCUCUUCUCCGACUGCCUCCUCUACCUCCCCGUGGCCUUCCUCUGCUUCUCCUCGCUCCUGCGCCUCCCGGCCGCCGCCGGGCCAGAGGCGGCGAAGGGCGUCCUGCUGCUCGUGGCGCCGCUGCCGGCCUGCGUCAACCCGCUGCUCUACCUCCUCUUCAACCCGCUCGCCAGGGAGGAGCUGGCGGCGCUGGCCAAACGCACCUGUGGGGCGAGACAGCGCAGAGGAGGAGGAGGAAGGUCGGCGCCCGUUGCCAUGGAGUCGACGUACGACGAGGACGCAGAGAAACAGUCGUGUGACUCGACUCAGGCGCUGGUGGAGCUCGGAGGUGUGAAGGAGGAAGAGGAGGAGAGAGGGAGGAUGAAGAGCGAGACACAACACUCAGUGGCGUUUGUCGUUCCACGUCACUAGACUGACACACACACACACACACACACACACACACAUUGACAUGACUGUGUGGCAGCAGAGGACGGUGAGAGAAAAAAGAAAAUGGAAGCACGUGAAGGUCCAACACGAACACACAGUGUCUCUCUCUCUCUCUCUCUCUCUCUCUCUCUCUCUCUCUUCCAUCUUUAAUUUCUAUUUUUUUUAUGUAAAGUCAAACAAAAACUAAAAGUCGGAUGAGAAAAGAAGAAGAACUGAGCUCACGUGUCAGAGGGCACACACACACACACACACACACACACACACACACACACACACACAUCAAUAGUAAGGAGACUUUUAUUUUGAACAUGAUUCUCAGCGUCCUGUUACUAAACAUCCACCAAAUGUUGUAGCCAACGCUGUUUACCGUGUGUGUGUGUGUGUGUGUGUGUGUGUGUGUGUGUGUGUGUGUGUGUGUGUGUGUGUGUUUGCGAGUGUGUGUGAAAGCUACAGCCUCUGUGUGAGUUUUGCCACGGAGUUGAAAACUAAAACACCAGAACUCAUGUUCAGAAACACGACUGAUCCUUAAAAAAAUGAUUACUGUUAUUUAUUCUUUCUAUUAAUGACGGGGGGAAAUAAUCAUACAAAAAUCAUUUUAAAGCUCAGAUCAAAACAUUUGGUGUCUGAUGAAUUCAGUGACUGCGACAAUCUGAUGUUCACGAAAUAUCUUUGUUCAUAAUGUUUGUGUUCAGUCGCGUUCGACGAGGACCAACUUGUAAAAAACAAAGACUGUAAUAUUUUCCAUGAUUCUGAGGAUUUUUACGAAACUUUUACGACUUCGCAUGAAUCCUGUGAAACUCACGACCUGCAUGAGCUUCGACCAACUGGAGCUCUCUUUCAUCAGUGGGAGGAGUUUGCUGCGACCGACCAAUCACUGGACUUGACGUCCGGUUGAAGCUGCGGUCGACCUCGUCGUUUCAGAUGUGGAUGAAAAGAGCAAACUUGUGAAUGUGUAUUUGUAAAAAACACGUGAACUGUGUUGACGUCUUCGUUUCUAACUGUACAGAAUUGUUGACUAGCAAAAUGUGGAGGAGGCGGGGUCUUGUUUCCAGGCUCCGCCCUCAGCUGUAGCCAUGGCAACAUGGACAAUGUAUAUAUUUUUAAAGCAGUUUAACUGCUGCAGCACUUAAAAACUGAAAAAAAAAGAAAUGUUAAGAAUAUUUCCUGAGCGACCGUCUGUUCUCCUCAUUUCACUUUUGUAAAUUCCAUACGAGUGUUUUAGGUUUGUUGUAGUUUGUAAAAAAAACUGGGUCAAUGUAACUGCA